AACUUUAGCUUAGUGACGUCAUUGGGAAGUUCGACAUUUCUUAUCAAAACACAGUUGAACGUAGCAAUCACGAAAGGAUAUAUCCACGACAUGGAUAUAAAUGUACCCGUAACUCUGGUGAUUCGUGCUCCUAACCAGAGGGUGGAGGAUCACACAGUUGAAUGUAUGUUAGGGUGGACAGUGAAGAAGUUAAAGAGACAUUUAGAGGUUGUCUACCCCAGUAACCCUAAAGAAACACAGCAAAGGCUAAUAUACUCUGGAAAGUUGUUAGCAGAUGAGAUGACAUUGAAAGAAAUAAUCAUCCAGAAUGAAGACAAAGUUCACCAUACAGUACAUUUAGUUUGCUCCCCAUCCGUGGAAAGUUCUAAUAAUGAAUCUCCUAAACCUCAUGAAAAAACAGUUAGCAGCACCAUUUCCUCCUCAUACACAUCAAGAAACACGCAUAACUCUGAAGGACUACGUCACCGAAUACAUCAUAGUCAGGGUAGCCAGCCAACAAGCAUUACUAGCACUUCCAACACAUCACCCAUGCAGUCCCCUCCCACAAUGACGCCUAAUGCUGUGACCCCGGAACAGUACAUGAUGAUGCCCAAUACUCCUGGUCUUGCUGUCACCCCAGAGCAGUACAUGAUGAUGAUGCAAAAUUACUAUUACCAAAUGACUACACAGUACAUGCAAUACUAUCAGACAGGAACAUAUCAACCUGUUACACCCCAAGUUUUAACAGAACAAGAGAAUGAGGCCCCCCAACAAAACAAUCAGGAAGGCCCUGCUGCCAGACAGGACAAUGUUAACCAGGUGAUGAAUGCACAAGGAGGCCUAGAAGAUGAUGAUGACGAUGAGUUUUUCGGUCCCAGAGACUGGCUAGAUUAUGUGUACACAUUCAGUCGUUUCAUGGUCCUUAUCAGCAUUGUAUAUUUCUACUCAAACUUCACCAGAUUUCUGGCUGUUGCUGCUUUUUUCUUUUUGGUUUAUCUAUAUCAGACGGGAUGGUUUGCUGUUCGUCGUAGAAAUCGAGAACAAGAGAAUGAAAAUGAGGCUGAACAGGAACAGCCACAACAAACGGAAAACAUUCCUAGGGAUCCAGGGGCUGAUGAAAAUCCAGUGCGGGAGGGGAGUGAUACAUCACACUCAGAUAGGACUACUACAGAGGCAGCAGACCCCCCUCCCCCUGGGGCUUUGACAGUGGCCUGGAGUUUUGUGUCAACCUUCUUCAGCUCAUUAAUACCAGAGCCUCCUGCUCCAGUUAAUGCUAAUUAAUGUCUCAAUGCCAAAUACUAACAGAAAUCCAAUUACACUUGUGUCAUUCAUUCGUGGUCUGUGAUGGUUUUUAUACAUGGGCAUAAUUAUUCCCAUAAAAUAUUUCAGUAUCUUUACUUUCUAAAUAUUUUAGAGACAUGCUCAUUGUGGUACUGGUAAUUUGCUCUCUUUCAUUUCUUCAAUGUCAGAUUUGAAAAGUCAGCUAAAACCUGUAUCUGAUGUGAUUACCUGAAAUCCAAUAUAUAUACAUACAUCUUAUUUCAAGAAGAAUUUAACUACUUUUACAAUUUAUAAAUGUACGUUUGUUUUGUUGUGACUGCCAAAUUUUGUGUUGAUUUUGUUCAUAACUGCAAUUGUUUUUAUUUUGUUUGUUAAUUUUUGUUUACAUUUCAUGCUACAAAACAGAAUAAAUUAUGUGGUAUAUACUUUUUUAAUCAGAUGAACAACUUAUUUAAUUGUGGGUGGUGGCUUCUGUGCCAUAAGUGCAAAAUACUGAAAAGUAUCAUGUUAUUAAUAUUAUACAUGUAUAUAGUUUGCAUUUUUAUGAAACAUUAACACUUGUUGAUAAAAUUGUACAUAUGUCAGAAGGAAAGUAAAUAUUUUAACCUGUAAAUAUGCCAGUCAUGCUUUACUUGGGAUUACAGAGUGAAUAGUAUUCUCACAUGUACAUGUAAUCUACUUGUUAGUUCAUCAAGUCAUAAAUGUACAGACACAAAUACAUGUAUGUAGCUGUGUAUAUAGACAGGUGCUAAAUCCCCAUAAUUUUUUUCUCAUAGAGAGAGAUAGGGUAUGUUUGUGGGAGGGGGUUGGGGGAGUGAAAGAAUGAGUACUAUCAAGAGUAAGUGUGUGGUAUUUGUAACUAUUAUUUGUUUUAACUUUAAGAAUAGACAAAAAAAUGAUAUUUCCUUUUUAACUUACCCGGUAAUUUCAUGCAGUGUUUAACACAAUUAUGAAGAAAACAAAACUCAGAUUUGUAAUUUCAGAAAAUUCAAUGAAUGUCACAGAAAAACUUUUGUCUCCAUUUUGGCAUAAUAUGAAUUUAUAUUUUUGUUACUGUACUCCAAGCUUUAGGAGACUCAAUAAUGUCUAAGUUUAUGAUCAUUUUGUGAAAUCCUUUGUCUUACAAUCACUAUCAACAAUCAUUGUUGGCUAUUUUACUUGUUAAGAUGGUAUUAAAACCUGGGAGCGCUUUGCUUGCAUGGUAAAUAAAAUAUCACGAAUCAG